GUCUGGACUCGGGGGCGGGGCUCAGCCGCGGAAGGAAGAGGCGCUUCGGACCGUGGUGGGGACUGCCGGUGCCGGCCUCCUCCUGCCGUUCUCCCUCCCUGUGCGCUCUGGGCCCCCCCGGCCCUGGUGGUGAUCCUCGCCCCCCCCCGCCGAGGCGCCCUGGGCCCCCGAGAUGCGGUGGCGGCUGGGGCCGAGGCUCUGGGGGCGCCGCUCGGCGGGGGCGAGGCCGGGAGUAGCGCAGCCCCCCCGCCCCCCCGCCGCAGCCGGCAGCCCCGCAGGCAGGAGGGGAGCCAGGGAGCAGCCAGUGCCUCUCCAAACAGAGCUGGAAAAGGUGCCUCACCGGGGAAGAGCCUUGUUAUGGGGAGCGAGUCCUUGCCACACUGCAUGCCUUUCAGGAUGGGGAGCCCACCCUUCAGGAACUCUCCUGGUUCCCAGCGUCAUGGGUGGCCCCAGAUCUGGGCACACCCGGCUCAUUCACCAGACUGUAUCACUCAGAGGACUGACGGUGGAAGACAUCCAGAAAGCCAGGGAGUCUCGGCCCCCCAAGAAAGAGCAGGAGAGUCCAGGCAAAAUGAGGCAGAAGCUCAGUGAGAGAGCCCGGGAACGGAAAGUGCCAGUGACACGUGUGGGGCGGCUGGCAAACUUUGGAGGUUUGGCUGUUGGUCUGGGUCUCGGCGCCUUAGUGGAAGUGGCGAGGAACUCCCUUCAGGGGGAGCAAAUGCCGAAGGAUGGCAACUUCCUGCUGGACUCCAACCCCUUCCUGUCCGAGGCCAACGCAGAGCGGAUUGUCGAUACCCUUUGCAAGAUGCGUGGGGCGGCCCUCAAGAUCGGCCAGAUGCUGAGCAUCCAAGACAACAGCUUCAUCAGCCCCCAGCUGCAGCGGAUCUUUGAGCGCGUCCGGCAGAGCGCGGACUUCAUGCCGCCCUCUCAGAUGAUGGGAGUUCUGGUGGAAGAACUGGGCACUGACUGGCGAGACAAAGUGGCCGCUUUUGAGGAGACGCCCUUUGCAGCGGCCUCCAUUGGCCAGGUGCACCUGGGUGUGCUGAAGGACGGGACGGAGGUGGCCAUGAAGAUCCAGUACCCUGGCAUUGCUCAGAGCAUCCGGAGUGACGUGGACAACCUCCUCUCCGUGCUCCGGAUGAGCGUGAUGCUCCCAGAAGGCCUCUUUGCAGACAAUACCCUGCAGGUGCUGCAGAAGGAGCUGGAAUGGGAAUGCGACUACCAGCGGGAGGCCGGCUGUGCCAGGAAGUUCAGGCAGCUUCUGGAAGGAGACCCCUUCUUCGAGGUGCCGGAGGUGAUUGACGAGCUGUCCACCCGGAGGGUCCUGUCGAUGGAGCUGGUGGGAGGGGUCCCGCUGGACCACUGCCAGGCGCUGGGCCAGGAGAUGCGCAACGAGAUCUGCUCGCACAUCCUCCGCCUCUGCCUCCGCGAGCUCUUUGAAUUCCGCUUCAUGCAGACCGAUCCAAACUGGUCCAACUUCUUCUAUGACACCGAGAGACACAAGGUGACCCUGCUGGACUUUGGGGCCAGCCGAGGCUUCAGCAAGGAGUUCACGGACCAUUACAUCGAGGUGGUCAGAGCUGCCGCGGAUGGCGACCGGGCCAAAGUGCUGCAGAAGUCGAAAGACCUCCGCUUCAUGACGGGCUUUGAGACCAAGGUGUUUGAGGAGGCGCACGUGGACGCCGUGAUGAUCCUGGGCGAAGCCUUCUCCAGCCCGGGCCCCUUCAACUUCGGCACGCAGAGCACGACCCGCUGCAUCCAGGGCCUCAUCCCUGUGAUGCUGAAGCACCGGCUCAGCCCCCCGCCCGAGGAGAGCUACUCGCUGCACCGCAAGAUGGCCGGCUCCUUCCUCAUCUGUGCCCGCCUCGGAGCCGCCAUCCCCUGCCGCGAGAUGUUUGAGGAGGCCUACGCAGAGUAUCUGGCGCGGGGACGGCCCGCUACGUUGGCAGGCGGCGCUUAGGGCGAGGGGGGGGUCCGGGUUGGCUGCCAAGGGGGAGGUCUGUCGGUUCCGCCGGUCACUCCGCUGUGUGGGAUUGUGGGUAGCGGUGCAAGAAGAGCCCCUUUGGCACCAGUUGCUGUCGUGAUGCCCCCGAGGGUUCCUGAGGAGCCUCUGCUCCCGGCCAAGCCAUCCGCCCAGGGGGCACCAUUCCUCUUUUCUGCCCCUUGGAGCUGCCGAGGGCACCGCCCAGGGAGACCCGCCAAGGCCGUGCCUGUCGUCAAGGGCUCUCCUGCCCGCUGCAGGCCAGGAUCUGUGCUGCAUUCCCUGCGCACACGGCCUCUUCCUCCUGCCAGGUGGGUGUUGCUCAGGGGCUGGAGGAGGUCAGCCCUCUCCUCUCCCCCCACCCCCAGCUUGCCACACUAGUCCUGGUGGCCCUGCUCCUGCUCCUCCUGGCUCCCUGCCUUCUUGCAGUGCUGCCUGCGCAUUUGCCCACAAGUGAGCGUGGCUCACAGGCAGCAGGCAGGGGGAUUCUGUGGCAGCCCCCCUGAGGCGAUGGGAAGGCGGGAGGGAGGCCCCCCGGAGAGACGAGCCCCCCCGCCAUUGGCCCACUAGCCAGCUCCACUUGAGGGCCGAAGGGCUUCAGCCAGCUCAGCAGCAUGGGGCUGCGGGUUGCACCGGCGGGAGAGAAGAGCCUCAUUCCUCUGCAGCCGGGAAGGUCAGGGGCUUCUUUUUUUAGACACCUCGCUCCAGGCAGCAGCCGAGCUCUGGUUUCCUGCUUCUGUGGACUCCGCAGCCUCGAGAGGGGAGCGCAGCAGCCUGCUUGGACUGACCUGGGUUCCGUGCUGCUCCUCCGGAAAGUGAAACAUAAACACCCCUUUUCCAGCUCCAGGGUGUGGUCCGAGUGCAGCAGCCUUGGGCCAUGGUAGUCGCCAGCCGAUGGGAGGUUGCAAAGCCCAGGGAGAUGGGCCCUCGCCCAGCAGGUAGGCCUGCCUGAAGAAGCCAGUGGGGCCGCCCAUAAGUCAACUUGCACCAGAACUUCACUUCUAUGGGGAGAGGCUCAUCGGAAUAGACGAACCUUCCCAAACAUACUUGCUGCGCAGGCAGUGUCAGCAGGCCUCCUCCCUUUCCACAGGAGUCGCCCUUUACGUAUGGCUCGGCCUCUCGGCCAACUCUCUUUCACAAAGAUCUGGAAAGAAUACGAGGAGUUAUUUUUCCAGAUGGGGUCUGCUUAUGUUGAUGUCUCCAAGAGAAAUGGGAUGUGUAAAGAGGCCAGCGCCAGAUCCAGAACACGCUUCUUCCUGCAUCCAUCCUUCUCAGUGAGGAACUGGGUAGGGCUGCAGGGCACAGCCAGGAGAUCUUCAGCUUGGGAGACGUCAGCAUGAAGAGGCCCCAUUGGGAAGAACAGCUUCCCCUGCCCAUCCCCGGCAUUGUGAAGGCAGGAGCUGCCCCUCCCCAGAGGCCUGCCUGCUGGCCACCCCCAGUCACCAAAAGGCACCUCUCCUUGGGGCAAUUCCUGCUGCUGUGUCUGUUCCUGGUCCAGUUUUGCCCCUGGAGUUCUUUAUUUACAUGCUGUUGGUUUGUUGAGGCUUUUAUUGGGAUGGUGCUCAUUAAUGUUGAUCUUUCUCUUCUGUUGUCAACAGCCCUGAGUGUCUGUGCGGGUGGAGGGACAUUGGGGGCGCCUUUUGAAUACCUAAAAAGGAUACAGUUGGCCAAGAGCUGUUUGAAGGGGCUUAUCUGUUCACUAAGUGAAAAGGACCUUGUCGGUGGUGGUGGUGGGAUCCGGGAUCUGGCUGGCCUCUCUGGCAAACCUUAUUUCAGAAGAUGUUUUGGGAUAUUCACCAAUGUGGCUGGGUCAUAAGUUGUUGACAAAGUGGCUGCGCUGUGCUUGGGGAGUGGCCAUCCAGACCGAGUGCUGUGUGUGAUGCCAUCCAUAAGGCCCUCCAUGGUGGGUCUGCCUCGCCUGUGCACCAAAGAAUCGGGGGGAUAUUCGGCAGCUGGGCCGUGGCGAAACACAUCUCCUGCGCGCAAUUUGCAAACUUCUCUUUGAAAUAUGCAGCCAGCCACUCAACACAACCUGCUGCUAAGCAACUGUCGUAUCGUAAAUUCAGAUGAGGAGAAACUAGAUAAAACAUCUCGCAUGUUGUAAGGGGCUGGUGGUAGAAGACCCAGAUUUCCCUAUUCCACCAUCAGCCAGGACCAAAACCUCCUGGCUGCCUUGACUGACAAUGUUAUGCAUUUGUGUCUUGGUCCCAACAAGGAGGUCAGCCAUUUUCCCAUCCCCCCCCCAGCAGAAAGGGCUGUGCAUUUGUGGGGAAAGGGGCACGGAUGGGUAGUGGGGAGCAACUAAGGAGGAGCUUCCAUGUUCUACAUGUUUUCAUGUGCGUGGGGCAGGGGGGACCCUUUUUACCUUAGUCUUGGGAGUGGGUUACUCUGACCCUGAAUGUUUGGACUGAUCCCAUUAAAGAACUCCCCCAGGGCACGCUCUGGGGAAGAACUUCCCGUU